CGCAAUAGAUGGUGUGGUCAGUCUUCAUGACAUGCGAUCGUAUGAACUACGCAUGACGUUGACCAAAACGAAGGGCGCCGAUCUAUUUACUAUACAAACUUUGGUGGAAAUGAAUGAAGAGGACGGUAUUCCUAUGCUUAUGACACGUUUGGCUGUUGCCGUGCGCAAGAAGUUGUUUAUUUUUGUGUGGAAGGAUACCGAAUUUUUGGAAACAAAGGAACUCAAUAUACCUGAUCGCAUCAAAGCCAUGGCCUGGGUCGGCCCAACCAAGAUUUGUUUGGGAUUUUCUGGCGAGUACGUGCUGAUGGACGUCGAGACAAAGGUCCUCACCGAAUUAUUUGCUCCCAGUGGUCCGCCUGAUGGCUCUGGCCCAAUGAGUGCCCUCAACAACUUGUAUAAUAUGUCCAUUGGCUCACGUGGCGGCAAACCUCUAGUAACAAAGAUACCCAAUAAUGAAAUGCUCCUGGCCAAAGACCGUAAGUGAGGGUUGAUAUGGAUGCUUUGGUACAAAAAAAAA